UAUAUAAACGCUUCGUCUUCCCUUUACAUAUAUAGCAAAAACAAGGAAAAGAUAGAAAAAUAAAAUCCUAAUAUUUAUUUCUUUCACAAUCAUCUGCAAUGGGCUUACUGAAAAGUCUAGUGAUCAUCUCCGUUCUCGGAAUAUUAUUUAUACCUCGUUAUUCUGAAUCCGCGAUAUCAUGUAGUGUUGUUAUACAAGAUUUGCAGCCAUGUGUAAGCUACUUGACUAGCGGAAGUGGACAACCUCCGGCGACUUGUUGCGACGGAGUUAAGAGUUUAGCGGCGGCGACCACCACAUCAGCCGAUAAAAAGGCGGCUUGUCAAUGCAUAAAAUCAGUGGCUAAUAGUGUCACCGUAAAGCCUGAAUUGGCUCAAGCCCUCGCUAGCAAUUGUGGCGCCAGCUUGCCCGUUGAUAAAUCUUCUACGGUCGACUGCACUACGGUUGGUUGAGAUAUUCUCAACAUCGACCAGUGGUCCGUCUAUCCUUCUAAAGUAUGCAAUUUACAUCAAUAAAGUAUUUAUUAUGCGAGUGUUUAUGUCACAGUACUCUAGGCCUACUCAUUGUAAGGUUCAGUUUAUUUCGUAAUGUAUGCAUUUUCGUGUAUAAGUAAUCUCUCUCAAAUUUGUUACGCUGGUGAUUUGGAUAUUGUUGUGAACUGAUGAGUCAUGAAAAUUCUAGCUUUUCUUGGGGGUGUAUAGUAUAUCAAUUUUAUCAA